AAACCAAAAACGACGUGCACUCAAACUGAAAGAGACGUCUCAUCUGUUUCUCCUCUCGUCUACUUUGGUGCCUCCCGUCCAACACAAGCGGUACCUGCUCAUCUUCCUCCAGUUGUAGACGCCCAAAGUUGGAUAGCCAUGGAAGCAGCAGACGAGGAAAGGCACUUGCUUCAUCACCUACCUCCUAGUCCUGACCUGUAUAAGAAUGAGGAUUCAAGGUACACUAGUGAUGGAACAGUAGAUAUCGACGGACGGCCUGCUGCUAAGGCAACAACAGGGAACUGGAGAGCCUGCUUCUUCAUUUUAGGUAUCGAAUUCAUCGAAUCCGUGGCCUUCUUUGGAAUCUCCAAGAACUUGGUUACCUACCUUACCAGCGUGCUCCACGAAAGUAACAUCGACGCGGCAAGGGAUGUGUCUACUUGGAUUGGCACCAACUUCUUGAUGUCGCUUGUCGGAGCUUUCUUGGCAGACACAUAUUGGGGAAGAUACAAGACAAUGGUGGUUUCACUCUCGGUCUACGCCAUUGGGAUGCUUGUGCUAACGGCCUCGGCAACGCUUCCAUGGGCUUUGCAAUACUCCAACCGCAGUGAGAUCCACCGUGUCGCCAUCUAUGCAGGAUUGUAUCUUACAUCUCUUGGUAGUGGUGGCAUUAAGUCAUGCAUUUCUGCCUUUGGCGCCGACCAGUUUGAUAUCGCCGACCCGGCGGAGCGAGUGAAGAAGGGCUCCUUCUUCAACUGGUACUACUUCUCGCUUAGCGCGGGCUCGCUUUUGUCGACCACCGUGAUCGUUUGGGUGCAGGACAAUGUGGGUUGGGGGAUUGGCUUCGCGAUCCCGACGAUCCUCAUGACGGUCGGUUUCGCGGUGUUCGUCGGUGGUAGGAGGACGUACAGGUACACUAGAGUGGGCGAGAGCCCCAUGGUAAGAGUUUCCCGGGUUGUUGUUGCCGCCACACGGAAUUGCCAACUGAAGUUGCCUGGUGAUUGCUCCACACUUCAUCACCCGCCUUCACCACCGGCAGCGGCUGGCUUGGAGGUUCAUCAUACCACUCAGUUCAGAUUUUUGGACAAGGCUGCCAUUGUGCCGCCACUAACACUUGAGAAGAAAGACGUGCAUGUGAGCCCGUGGAGGCUAUGUCCAUUAUCACAUGUGGAGGAGGUGAAGAUGUUGUUUCGUCUGUGCCCAGCUUGGGUGUCCAUAGUGGUCUUCUUCAUGAUCACGGCGCAGAUGUCGUCGACACUGAUUGAGCAGGGCAUGGCAAUGGACAACCGUGUGGGUCCAUUCACCGUGCCGCCGGCCUCCGUCGCCGGAUUCGAAGUGGUCACCACUCUCGUGCUGAUCCCCGUCUACGACGCCGCACUGGUGCCACUGGCCCGGCGCGCCACCGGCCAGGACCGGGGCCUCUCGCUGUUACAGCGGCUAGGCGUCGGCUUUGCGGUAUCCGCGCUCGGAAUGGCCUACGCGGCGCUGCUUGAGAGGAACCGGCUCGCGGCGGCCACGGCCGGCGCGACCGUAAGCAUCAUGUGGCAGGUCCCGGCAUACGCCGUGAUGGGUGCCGGCGAGGUGUUCGCGGUAAUUGGCAUGGUCGAGCUCUUCUACGACCAGGCUCCGCACGGCAUGAGGAGCCUGUGCUCUGCGCUCGCGCAGCUCGCCAUCGCGUCGGGGAACUACCUCAACUCGGCCGCGUUGGGCAUUGUCGCGUCCGCCACGGGGUGGAUCCCGGAGGACCUCAACGACGGGCACUUGGACUACUUCUUUUGGGUGAUGGCGGCGUUCGGCGCCCUGAAUCUGCUGCAGUUUGUUCUCUGCUCCACGAGGUACAGCGGAAAUGCAACUUGUGGAAACACCAUGCAUGUUAGUGAUGCUUCACUUGCUUGGAACACACCCCAUCAGGUGGUUAGAGGUGUAACCGGGUUUGAAGAUAGAGAUAAGAAGAUGGAGAUAGAAUAGGUUUAAACAUGUACUGUAUUACUUGUCUUGUACUUCAACUCUCUGCCCUUAUCAUGUAGGAGUACUCCUAUAUACUCCAUUCGAGGGGUCAAAUGAACCACACAAAUACAUCAUUGAAUUAUUGAGAGUCA